UAUGUUCAGCAGUUAAAGAGAAUUUUAUGAAAAUGAACGUCCAGUGGCGGUGGGGUUAUUUUGUAUGUUAGCUUAAAUGCGAGAUAGCAUGUGCGGCUAACCAGUUAAACUUGUAGGUACGCGACAACGCGGCGGUUGAGUACGAUUCUGUAUUCAACAUAUGAGCGUUUGUGCAUAUCCGGCAUGCUUUCAGUGAGGAACACUCGAGGUUACAGGUCACAGGAUUCAGAUUCAUUGGGACAGUAUCCCAACUGGACAAUGGACCUCAAGCUAUUGCACUUAGACUGGAAUCCCGAAGCAACCCUGAUUCAGUUCCAGGGACAGCACCUUACCAUAUGUGAACUGGACUACCUCAUUUUGCAGCACGAAAUCCAGAACACACUCAAGACGAAAGGCGAGGUGAAUAUCGGUGAGUUUUGCCUCGUCAAAGACGUAAGCGCAGCUCACUGGUACAGAGGAAGGGUCCAAAACCACAAAGAUGGAGUGCUGGAUGUGUUCCUCAUCGACUAUGGCAGCAUCUUGAGCGUAGAUGAGACUCAUAUAGCUUUGUGCUCCAAUGAUCUGUUCACGCUACCCCCAAAGAUUGUUUGUGGCUUCCUCGCUAACGUGAUAGUGCUUAGCGGCUCUCAUGAUUCCUCCAGCGUGGUAGACUUCCUCUCGAGCCUGAUCAGAAAGAACAUCAAGGGCUCCAUCCAGGCCCUCCUGCCUCACAAAGUUCUCCUGCUGGAAGUUCCUGACAUUAACAACGAGCUGGUCAGGCACGGCUUUGCAAAGCAUAUCGACAAUGACAGUUUUCUACUGUUGGUGCAGUUGCUCACAGAGAUACCCCUCAGACAAAAUACGGAUCCCGUUCCUGGCGUGUUUGUUGACACGCAGAGCAGACCCGAGUACCCAUACAAGUCAGGGAGACUGAAGGUCUAUGAGCAAGUCGUGCCUUUUUGCUGGCCCAGAAUGAGGUCUGGCACCCGUGCUAAAGUCCGGGUGACAGCCGCUAUCCACUCGGGCCUCUUUUACUGUCAAAUGGUGAGGAAGGAGUCUGAGCUUUUGGUCAUGUCCAAGAAGUUGGCUGUCAGUGAAGGUCGAACCAAAUUUCAUCAACAGAACACUCAAGAUAAUGUGGGUCUUUUCUGCUCAGUAAAAGCCAAAAAUGGGGACUGGUACAGAGGCUUUGUGCAGUUAAUCCUGGGCAGUUCCUAUGUGCAAGUCUUGUUUUUGGAUUUUGGAUUCACUGAAUUAGUCAAAAUUGACGACGUCCGCAAUUUGCCAUCCGAUUUUUACUUAAGACCCAUAAUGGCAUUCCCGUGCUCGCUUUCUUCUCUGAAGGCUCAGAAUGAGCAGAUCAUGAGUAACCAGUUGAAUUUCCUCAAGCUCGGCUUGCUCGGGGGGGUCUUAGAUGUGCAGAUUGAUAGUUUUGAUGAAGAGCAGCACCUCUAUUCUAUCUCGGUAGUCAGUGUUCAGAGUAAAUACACUGGAGAAGUUACAGGACAGUCGCCUCCUCAGAUAAACGAUGAGUUAUGUUCAACUGCAGACCUCCCUCUGACCACCCUCAAUAGUGCUCCCCUGUUCUUCCAGACCAUCGUGUGUCGAGAGCUGGUUAAAACACUGAAAGAGGAGCAGCUGCAUGAGAACUCUGUGUUUGAGGGCUACCUCGAACACGCACACAACCCAAACAACUUUUGGAUCCGAACUCAAGAACGAAACGAUGAGUUCCAGGAGAUGAUGAACAAACUGUCAGCUCACUUUGCUAGCGUGACGCUCGAAGAUGAUAUUUUGUUGAACCCUGAGCCUGGAGCGCUGUGCUGUGCGAUGUAUGAGGCAGACCUGAACUACUACAGGGCAGUGGUCACAAAGAAACUCGAUCGUGGCUCAGAAGUUCUGUUCAUUGACUUUGGCAACGUCCAGAGUGUUCCUUGUGCUCUGAUCAAGAAGAUUCCCGAGACAUUGGCUAGCAUUCCUGGAUUUGGUCUCUGUUGUGCUCUGGUUAAUGUGAUGCCUCUGGACGAUGUGUGGACCCGCUUGAACUCUGCCUUCUUCAGAGAAAUGGUCUCCAACAAGGAGCUUCUCGUCCACAUCGUCCAGAUCACAAAACACAAGUGCAUCAUUGAUCUCUACAAGGUUGGAAGUGACCAUGGUUGGAGCAUCAGUGAGCUCAUGGUUUCUGCCAAACAAGCAUCCUACUGGAAAUACCUUCCAAUGAAGCCUGUGGAGCUAAACCAGAACUAUAUAAAGACAGAUACAAGAAUCCAGGAAUCACAUGUCAAUGGAAAUGAAACCUGCAGCAAAUCUGAAAACCAGUCCUCUCUUACUACAACUUUCAAAACCUUGGACAUCCAACCUAAUUGUGAGUUCCCAGUCCGGUUACCUUGCAUCCAGUCCUUGUCAGAAUUUUGGUGCCAGCUGAAGGAUAAAGGUCUAGAAUUAGAGAAUCUGAUGUGUAAAAUUCAGCAGUAUUAUACCCAGCACAGGGUCCCCCUCAAACGUGAGGAGUUGUGUUGUGUUGCAAGGUCAUCCCAGGAUGGGAGAUGGUACAGGGCCUGGAUCCAAGAGAGACAAAAAAACCACAUCAAGGUGCUGUUGGUGGACUAUGGUGUUAGUGUCCUAGUUAAUGACAUGCAGUUGCAGGGAAUAAUGCCAGAAUUCAUCAAACUAGAAGGCCAAGCUUUCCGAUGCUGCCAUCUUGAGAAAACUGACCCGGAUGAAAACUCUCAAGAGAUACUUAAUCACCUGAAAAAGUUUAUCACGGAUAGCUGCGGCCACCUGAGAUGUAAAGUUGUUUCACAAGUGAAUGACAAAAAUGAGCUGUUGAACAUCGUGGAGCUCUACAACACCCAAACGCAGCAGAGUUACACGAACCUGGUGAUGGCGCAAAGACAACUGAAACUGGACUUUCCCGAGGAGUUUGUCUACUCAUCCUUUGACCUAAUCCCUGACCGUGACGAAGAAGUCUAUGUUACCCAUGUCAGCAGCGGGUGGGAAAUUUACUGUCAGCUCCAUCGCAACACUGAAGCCAUCGAAAGCCUUAAUGUGAAGAUUUCAGAGGAAAAGAAGAAAAUGCAGAGAGCAAAUGCAGGCGAUCCUCCGGUGAAACUGUGCUUGGCAAAAUACUUGGAUGGAGAAUGGUACAGGGCCCUGAUUCAGAGCACUCUGUCUCCGCUGCAUUUUAAAGUUUUCUUUGUGGAUUACGGAAACACUCAUAUAUGCGAGAAAAGGGAUCUUGCGCCCAUUCCGAGAGAGUCCUAUGAUUUGUUAUCAACUCCCAUACAAGCUUUGAAGUUCAACCUGCCUUCUGUGUCAAGAAUCGAUCAAGCCAUCAAAGUGAAGGAAUGGCUGGAUAGAGCAAUUCUCAACAAGCGGAUGAAAGCAAUCGUCCUUGGCACGCGUCAAGAUGGUUCUUUUGACGUCCAGCUGUUUGACGGUGAUCUAAACAUCAACGAGAAGGCCAUGGAGCUCAUUGGCGGAAUUUCAGAGAGACCAAAGUCUACCGUGAGCUCUACCUGUGCGCCUAAAAAUGACCAAAGGUCAACAUUUUCCAGGAAUAAGUAUUUUGCCAUUGGGAAGUCUUACUCUUCCAAAGCCAAGGAACACACUCGUGCCGGGGCGAGGCCUGACUCAAAUCAAGAUGGGAAUCACUUUGAUAUGAUGGCUCAGAACCAAUUCAGGAGAAACUGGUUCCACAAAAAGGGGAGAACAAGAAAUUCUAAAACUUGUCCUUGGAACUCUGGUGAAGAACCGCAUGUCUCCAGAGUAAACCUACAGACCGAAAAAAGCAAUGCGCCUCAAUCUCUGGAGAACCCUCCGCUCUCAUGUUUGCCAGCCAGGCAAGAGAAAGAAGGUUGCAGUUUGAUGUGUUUUGUUUCCCACAUUGACUCCGUUACGAGCUUUUUCCUUCAGCUCUCGGACGAUGAAGCUGCCUUGAUGAAAAUGUUACAAGAAAUCAACUUGAGAGCCACAGAUUCCUUGAGGACCGCCUCCUAUCUGCGAGUCAAUGACCUCGUCCUGGCACGACACAAGGACGCCAGUCUCCGGCGCGCGGUCAUCCUCCCCUACGAGGGCAGGUCCCACUAUAAGGUAAACUUCCUGGACUAUGGCAACUCUGCAGUUGUAAAGAAGGAGAAGCUCUACGUGUUGUGCCAAGAGUUUCUUUCUCAGCCAGCAUUCAGCAUCCAGUGUUGCCUGCUGGACUUGAGCCUGUACGAAGAUAACACUGCUUUCACCAACGCAGUGAUGGGGAAACCGCUCAUGGUACACUUUGUCCACAAGUCUGAACUCUUCUGGGAAGUAGAAAUCAAGAUACUCGACUCUGAAGAGGAUCCUGGACAUUCUUUGGACACGAAUAUUCAGGAUCAGACUGCCGUGAAUGUCGCAGAGAAUGCAGAACGAAACACUGAGAUUAAUAUCAAGGACACAAACCUGACCGGGGUGUCGUUUGAACGCUUCAGAAACAAAAGUAAGAGAUCUCUCAAAUUCACACGAAAAUGGAAGAGGAUUACAGAGAAAAAAUCAAAGUCUGUCAUGGAAAAGAGGGACUGUGCAAAUGCGCCAUUUGCCUUCCUCACUCAGUUACCGGAGCAAAACGACCAACUGCCUUUUGAAACCCAAAAUCAGAAACGCCCCCGGAACACAAGUCGCCAUCUUGAGUUUGUUCACACCUUUCUUGGCAAAGAGUACUCAGGUUUUUGUAUGUCAUUAACGACUCCGUCAAAAUUCUGCCUGAUUCUGAAGGACUUGCUACCUGUUUUUAAUCAAGUCUCUAGCCUGUUGAAGGACCUCUCCGAGUCCCAGUUAGCACUUCCCGAGUAUUCCCUCAUGACCGGUGCCAGCUGCUUGUACAGAUUAAACCACAACAAGUGGUCCCGUGCCGAAAUCCUGUACGUGGAGUCAUCCACUGUGGCCCUCAACCUCGUGGACUAUGGCUUUUGUCAACAUUUUUCCAGGCAAGACUCCUUUGACCUGAGGAGAAUCCCUGAAGAUUUGCUCAAACUCCCCAAAACUGCGUACUCGUGCGUCCUAAGGGGGGUUAAGCCUGCCGGCGAGGAUGGCAACUGGAACAAAGAGGCCACAAUUUACAUGCAGAAGCUUUUGGAUUGCCCCCUUAAAGUGAUCUUUUGGGAAGUUCUGCCUGGCGCACACUGGACUGUGGACGUAAUGGUGGACGGCGUUCAAGUGGCAAACAAACUGGUGGACGCCGGAUACGCCAGGUUCCAGAAGAAGAGGCUACCGCGACUUCUUGGCAACAUGGAGGUCAAACACCGCCUGGAACCCAAAGCAGCCAAUGAGGACUCAAUGAAAGGUUCUGACAAAGCUGGGAACAAAAGAAAGUAUUCUGAGGUGGCAAGUCCAGGAGCGGGACCGCAGGGCUAGCGCGGGGUUUUAGAGCACAGCCUAACCUUUGCAAGUCUUUGAUGAAUGUAUUGCUUUCAAACAUUUUUGUAAACUCUUUGUUGGAGUCAUUUAGUGAAGGUACCGGUUUUUAUUUUAGUUGAAAAGUUCAGCGGUGUUUCCCCCAUUACGUUUCCAUUUCAUGUCAAAUGUUCAAAGUUGCUUUUUGUUGGACUAUGUGAAGUAAAAAGGGGUUCAAAUCGC